UCUUUUUUUACUUUUUUCUUGCCGGAAAAAGUGUUUUCUCAUUCUUUUUCUUUCUUUCUUUCUUUUCGACCAUCUAUUUAUCUUAUAUAUCUAUACAUUUGAUAGUAUGGGUAAAGCACAAAGUAAACUUAAUCCAGAUCAACUUAGUGAACUACAGAAAUGUACAAAAUUUGAUAAGAAGGAACUUCAACAGUGGUACAAGGGCUUUUUGAAAGAUUGUCCAUCGGGAUUAUUAGACAAGACCGAGUUCCAAAAGAUAUAUAAACAGUUUUUCCCUUUUGGCGAUCCUUCUCGGUUUGCGGAUUAUGUCUUUAAUGUAUUUGAUGGUGACAAGAAUGGUACUAUUGAUUUUACAGAAUUCAUUGUCGCUCUUUCCGUUACUAGUCGUGGUCGCAUUGAUGAAAAAUUACUAUGGGCAUUCCAGUUAUAUGAUAUUGACAAUGAUGGAUAUAUUAGUCGGGAUGAAAUGUUUCAUAUAGUGGAUGCUAUUUACAAAAUGGUUGGCAGUAUGGUCAAGUUACCACCUGAUGAAGAUACUCCUGAAAAACGAGUAACUAAAAUCUUCAAUUUGAUGGAUACCGACAAGGAUGGACGAUUAAGCAUGGAAGAAUUCAAAGAAGGCUCAAAAAAGGAUCCAACUAUUGUUCAAGCUCUUAGUUUAUAUGACGGUUUAGUUUAGAUACUAUUAUUUUAUUAGCUCUCCUUACUGUUUUUCUCUGUUGUUGUUGUUGUAUACAAAUACAUAUAUAUAUCUAUAUAUCCUCCAUUUUCCUUUUUUAUAUCACUGUUA